CCCCCUACUGGAAUUAAAAACAUAUCAAACUCUUCGUGAAAGAGAUCCAUAAAUGUAAAAAAAAUAUAUAUAUAAAAAAAAAUAAAAAAAUGGAAGGCGAGGAAGGAGGAAGUAAGGAAAUAUUGAUGAAGAUUGAUGAGUUAUGUGAAGAAGAGGAAGAUAUAAUUGAUUGGUUCGAGCAAGUUUCUUCAGAAGCAGCCGUGGCUCAAUCCCGCACUCUCCGUAAGAUUCUCCAACAGAAUUACGGUGUAGAGUACUUAAAAAAAUGGGUUGGAGAUGUCAAUAUCCAUGAAAUUCCUGAUGACUUCACAUUGCAAUCUAUCUUCACUUCCUUAAUCCCUCUCUCUUCCCACGCUCAUUUCGAGCCCUUCCUUCAACGAAUCGCAGAUGGUGACUCUUCUCCUUUGCUCACUCAACAACCUAUCACCACCCUUUCUCUAAGUUCUGGCACUACCGAAGGCAGACAAAAGGUUUAUCCCACAAGGGAAGGAGGGAAGAUCCUAGAAUUCAUUUACAGUAGCAAACAAACGAAAACGAAAGGAGGCAUAACAACAGGAACAGCCACAACACAUUAUUAUGCAAGUGAGGAAUUCAAAAUCAAGCAACUGAAAACCAAAUCCUUCACUUGUAGUCCACAAGAAGUGAUUUCGGGAUGUGACUAUAAGCAAUCAACAUACUGUCAUCUCCUAUUAGGCCUAUUGUAUUCAGAGGAAGUGGAAUUCGUGACAUCAACUUUCGCCUACACAAUAGUACAAGCAUUCAACCAAUUGGAAGAGAGUUGGGAGGAAAUCAUUCAUGAUAUUUCACAUGCUACACUGUCUUCAAGAAUCGAUAUUCCCGAAAUCCGUAAAGCUGUUUUGAAGGUGAUGAGUCCGAAGCCGGAGUUGGGGUGGAAGAUAAGGAGGGUUUGUGAAGAGUUAAAGAAGGAGGGUUGGUUGGGUUUGAUACCAAAGUUAUGGCCUAAUUGUAAAUACGUGUAUUCCAUAAUGACGGGUUCGAUGCAGCCGUAUUUGAAGAAAUUAAGACAUUAUGGUGGGGGAUUACCUUUGGUUAGUGGUGAUUAUGGAUCAACGGAGAGUUGGAUUGGUGUUAAUGUGGACCCAUAUUUACCACCUGAAAAUGUUACUUUUGCUGUAAUUCCAACCUUCUCUUAUUUUGAAUUCAUACCACUUUUUAAACAACAUGCUACCACUUCUUCCACUGAUACUGCUAUUCAUGAUUUCUUGGAAGGCCAACCCAUUGCUUUGUCUGAAGUCAAGAUUGGACAACAGUAUGAGCUUGUUCUUACUACUUUUACAGGACUAUAUAGAUGCAGAUUAGGAGAUGUAGUAGAAGUAGCUGGGUUUCACAACAAAACCCCGAAACUAAACUUUAUAUGCAGAAGAAAACUUGUAUUAACCGUAAACAUAGACAAAAACACUGAGAAAGAUGUUCAAUUGGCUGUUGAAAGAGGAUCCCAGUUAAUGAGCCAACUAAGCGGAGCCGAACUAGUUGACUUCACAAGCUAUGCUGAGUUGUCGAACCAACCAGGCCACUACGUCAUCUUCUGGGAAGUAAAAGGAGAUGUAAAUGACACAGUUCUGGGAAAGUGUUGCUCAGAAAUGGAUGCUGCUUUUGUUGACUAUGGCUACGUGGUUUCAAGAAAGGCUAAUUCCAUUGGACCGCUUGAGCUUCGGAUUGUGGAAAGAGGGAGUUUUAAUAAGAUUUUGGAAUAUUAUAUUGGAAAUGGAGCUGCACUUAGCCAAUUUAAGACCCCAAGAUGCACUACCAAUCACUUUCUUCUUAACAUUCUCAAUUUAUCUACCCUCCAAUCCUUUUUCAGCACUGCUUACGCCUGAGGUUUUUUUUUUUCUCUUUUCUUUUCUUUUCUUUUUUGGAUGUUUGUUUUGUUGUAGUAUUUCCCAAUUUUGAAUCAGUUUCGGUGCUGAGAUUUAUUGAGAUUCCUUAUUUGAUUCUAACGAAAUCAGUUUGAUUGUCGUUUCAAUAAAAUUGAAUUACUUCUGGUUAA